CCCGCCCCUCCGCCGCGGCUAUAUAGGCUUCGGCCUGGAGUAGCGCUCCGUGAUAGUCGUUGUCCGGGCUUCCACCUGUGGUGGUUGGAGGAGUGGUGGCCGCCGCCCUCUCCCCAAUCCGCGUUCUGUGCCCCCGGCCCCACCCACGUCGCACCUUCCCUCCCCCGCAGUGCGCGGAGAGCCUCCGCCGGUCUGGGCCCCCAUCUUCUUCCCUACUGUCUCUGUGUCCGUGGCGGGCCGACGCGAUGCGGCUGGGCCCGAGGCCCGCUGCCCUGGGGCUUCUGCUCUUCUGCGCGGCGGCGGCCGGCGCCGGGAACGCCGAGGACCUGCACUACCCGCAAGGCGAGCACCGCGGCGACUACGACCGCGAGGCGCUGCUGGGCGGCCAGGAAGAAGUCGAUGAAUAUGUUAAACUCAGCCCCGAAGAGCAGCACAAAAGAUUGAAGUCAAUCAUCAAGAAAAUUGACUUGGACUCAGAUGGCUUUCUCACUGAAAGUGAACUCAGUUCAUGGAUUCAAAUGUCUUUUAAACAUUAUGCUAUGCAAGAAGCAAAACAACAGUUUGUUGACUAUGAUAAAAACGGUGAUGGUAGUGUGGCAUGGGAUGAAUACAACAUUCAGAUGUAUGACCGUGUGAUUGACUUCGAUGAGAACAUUGCUCUAGAUGAUGCAGAAGAGGAGUCUUUUAGGCAGCUUCAUUUAAAGGACAAGAAGCGAUUUGAAAAAGCCAACCAGGAUUCAAGUCCUGGUUUGAAUCUUGAAGAAUUUAUUGCUUUUGAGCAUCCUGAAGAAGUUGAUUAUAUGACGGAAUUUGUCAUUCAAGAGGCUUUAGAAGAACAUGACAAAAAUGGUGAUGGAUUUGUUAGUUUGGAAGAAUUUCUUGGUGAUUACAGGCAGGAUCCAACUGCAAAUGAAGAUCCAGAAUGGAUAAUUGUUGAGAAAGACAGAUUUGUGAAUGACUAUGACAAAGAUAAGGAUGGCAGGCUUGAUCCCCAAGAGCUGUUAUCUUGGGUAGUACCCAAUAAUCAGGGCAUUGCCCAAGAGGAGGCUCUUCAUCUAAUUGAUGAAAUGGAUUUGAAUAAUGACAAAAAGCUCUCUGAAGCAGAGAUUCUGGAAAACCAGGAUUUGUUUCUUACCAGUGAAGCUACAGAUUAUGGCAGACAGCUCCAUGAUGAAUAUUUCUAUCAUGACGAGCUUUAAUCCCUGAAUAUGUUUGAGUACUGACUCCUUUUAUAGUUUGUUACCAGCUUUACUUUUGUGAUAAAAUAUUGAUGUUAUAUUUUACACUCUGUCUUACACAGUCAAAAUUACCUUAAUGUAGAUUAUAAUUUUAGCCUUUUAGAAGAAAGAAAAAACAAAAAGUUGAUAUUUAUUUCAAAAUGUGUAGAAGAAAUAAAACAAUAUUGUGCCAUAGGACAACAAAGUCUUUCCUAAACACUCCAUCUGUUUAGUACUGUAUUGUGAAUAUUUGAGUUGUAUUUCCAUACUUGAAAUGAGGAUUUUAGAAAUGCCUGAACAAUAUUACUUAAGUAGUAUGUGACCAAGCUAUCAAUUUUUGUUCUGUUUUAAGUGGAUUAAAUUUGGGAACUGACAUACAGGAGAGUGUUUUUAGAUUUAGCAUUUUGUUUUACAACCUUUAAAGAAACCUUUAGAAGAACUUAUACCUCACAUAUUAAUGUUGAGAAGUUCUGCUUAAUUUUAAAAUGGUUUCUAUAAAGGUUUUAUUGUACGAAACAGAACUUUAUAUUUUUGCAUAUGUAUAGAUAGUAAUUAUAUUUAAUGGAUAACUAUAGUAUUACGGUGUAUGGAAUUUGACAUUGUCCAGAACCCUUUUCAUUUUUGACUGAUUAAAAAUGAAAUGUCCUAUCUUUUUAUAUGUUUGUUUGUUUGGUGUUUUUUUUGUUUUGUUUUGGUUUUUUUUAACUCAUCCAUGUAAACCUUGGAUUUAUACUUAGACAUUAUUUCACCUUCUCCUUUCUUGUAUUUGGGGAGUAUAUGUUUUCACAACUCUUAACAAAUUGUUCUUGCAUGCAUAUCCUCAUUCGGCUUUUCUUUUUUAUGUAAAAGAAACAUGUUAUAAUUGAAUGUACACUUGACACAUUUCAAGUAGCAAAUGUCUUUUGGGGCUAGAAAUAAUCUUAAGAAUUACACUAGGUGGUUAAAAUCAACAGAGCUGGUUAGUUAUCACCAGUAGAGCCCAAUAUCAAUUAUACUAAAAUUAAAAUCAUAGUUGAUAAGCAUUUGUCCACACCUGGUCAAUUUUAUUCUUCUUCAGAUCAAUUUAUUUACCAUUAAGGAGGGGCUAGGAAAAGUGAGAAGGUGAAGAAUUCAUUUUUUUCCUUGCUCGAAUCUAAAGAUAGUUUUUCUUUCUUUCUUUUUUUUUUUUUUUUGGUUUUUUAAUUACUUUUAUUUGUGAAUGAAGAAGUCAGCUCAACAUUCUUUUGAAGUUUUGCCAGGCUGAAGAGUUGUCUCUUAUAUAGCGCAAUCUUACAUAGGUUGUCUCUUAUAUAGUACUUUUGGGGGGAUCAGCAAGUACUUACGAGUAUUUGAGAAGAACUGAAACUAUUUUUUCUGAUAGAAUUGACGCACCUUCACACCUCUCUACCACCCCCAUCUUUGCUGAUGAGAGGUAUGAAUGCAAAUUGUAAACUUUCACAACUUAUUGAUAGCUUGUUCACCAUGCUAUCUAAAGUACAUGUUUUUCAUUUUAACCUAAAACAAUAUUUUCUGGCUAUAGCUGUUUGUUAGAGGAUUAAAGAAACCUUAUCAUUCAUCUGUUAUGUUUCAAUCUUACUGAAAUUGGGAUAUUUGAAAUAACCAGUUUGAUUAGCAUGUUAACUAUGUUUUUUUUCUUGUUAAAUUUUCCAAAAUCUAAGCCAGAAUUUUUAGGUCAUCAUAUGUGGAUGUUAUUUCAAUCCUUAUAGAAAUGCCAUUACUGAGUUACAUUCAGCCUAGCAUGACUUGUGAUAGACAUUAUUUGUGUUCAUCAGUAUCUUUCCUUUCCUUCUGGCAUAAAGAAAACUGCACUUCCCUUGCAGUUCCCUUGCAGGUGGGCAGGGCCAUGAGACUAGUUCUGACCCGUUAAACAUGAGUGAAAGUAGUAUGUGUCACUUCUAGACCAGGUCACUGAGAACCCCUUUCCUCUCCCUUGGCAUUGUGGAAAUGCCUCAGUUCAAACGAUAGGGCUACAAGAUCAAAGUGGCCUUAAUUGCUGAGUGACCACCUGUAAGUCAGCUGGACCCACAGUGGAUUUUGCAUGAUCAAAAAAAAAAAAUAAACUUAUUUUGUUAUCUUAA